GCAUGCUCACAGCGCAGUAGCGACGGGGCAGGGAGGGAGGAGGAGAAAAAAUGGCGGACGAGAAAGGAGGCGAUGUGAAGCUGAAACGACCGCGGCUUGACGGAGGACCUGAAGAAGAGGCAGAAAAACCUGUGAAAACUAAGACUGUUUCUUCCAGUAAUGGAGGGGAAAGCUCGAGUGCUAGUUUGGAGAAACGUGCAGCUGAUGAAGAUGCUGAAGACUUCUCAACAAAGCCUGCUCCUGCCAAAAUGUCCAAGUUUGGGUUUGCCAUUGGCUCACAGCUUUCAAAGAAACCAUCUGCAAUAUCCAUCAAACUUGGAGCAAAUAAACCUAAAGAACCUGCUCCAACUUUAGCUCCAAAAACACUCUCUGUAGCAGCAGUUUUUAAUGAAGAUGAAGAUAGUGAACCUGAAGAGAUGCCUCCAGAAGCCAAAAUGCGUAUGAAGAACAUUGGAAGAGAUACUCCUACUUCAGCAGGACCAAAUUCUUUCAACAAAGGAAAGCACGGGUUUUCUGACAACCAGAAAUUAUGGGAACGUAAUAUGAAAUCUCACCUUGGAAAUGUUCGUGAACAGGAUGACUAGUUGUCUAUUUUGAUCUGGGUGUUGGGAAAUGGGAGAAUACAAUAUUAAAGGAAUAGUGCCCUUUUUUAGAAUGGUAUACAGCUAUUUUGGGUACCACUUUUAAAAGUUUGUAGUGGUACAACAACAAAAAAAUGAGUUUAAAAGUAGAGGUAACUUAUGUUUUGUAUACAAAUUUCAAAGCAAUUGCUAAUUUUGUAGCUUCAUGCAUUUAAUUUCACAAGGUUAUGAAAAAUAAAAGCAUUGGAAGUGGUACAUUUUAAAGGAAUUUUUUUUUUUACAAUUAUUCUUAUAUGAAGAUAGAAAAGUCACUCUGUCUUUAAUCAGUUUUAAGUUAAAUGCUGCUGUAUUCAAAAAUCCAGAUCCUGUUCUGUGAUAGGUUAUCGUUGUUUAUUCCUUUAGGCUACUUUUAUAGAGGUUCAGUACAUCAAGUCUUGCUAGACUGUUUUAAUCCACAUAAUUCUGUAAAAUAAACUAUUGCAAAAUAAUUUUACUACAUUUCAAUCUAAGAUUUUUGACUGUGGUAGACUAGUAGUACAAUCCUGUUCUCGAACAUUGUAUAAUCCCUCUGUAGCCUGUUUCCCUCUUAAGAAAUGGGUCUUGCAUGUAUAUACAUAUUAGGAAAGUAUAACAAACAUUCAUAACAAAGGUAAAUCAGUAUUUUUUGACAUUUCAACUCUUGAGCCUUGACCAGUGCUUGUCAAUGUAUGUCAGUUUGAGGUAGAUUCAUUAAUAGGCUAUCAAAGUAAAAGGAAUUUUCAGAAGGAGAUUAUGCUUUAUCAUGUUUUAAGUGCCAGGGUCUUUUUUAAUAUAAUUUCCUAUAGGAAUAGGAAUUACACAUAUUUAAAUUAGCAAUUGCUUACUAACAUGCAGAAAUUUGCAGUUUACUUCCAUAUUUUGAUGGUAUAUUGUGCUAGAACUUUGGUACCAAAAGUGAACUCAUCCUUACUCUGAUGACAGUGAAUCAUGUUUUGUUUUUUUGUUGUUGUUUGCUUUUGGGGUUUAUUUUGCAUUCAUAUUUAAGCAGAUGCAACUCCCCCUCCCCCCAUUUUUAGCUUUUCUUGUUCAGACUUCAUUUCUUCAUGGAAAUAUCCUUUCCUUCAUUUUUUUUUAGAACUUUAUAAUUUCUUAAAUAAAAGAAGAGAACACCAUAUUUCUGAUUGGUGUGGCUUUCAUGAUUUGCUUAGCAUAGCUUGAUCUGCUUGGCAUAAUGUCCAAAGCUCACCUGCUAUGUGAUUGCAGAAUAUAUAUGUAGGUUAGCAUCUGGAGCCAAAAGCUCCAGUUGGAUUGGAGGUCUUUGCUCAGUAUAAAGCUUCAACAGGGUCACUGUUUCAUUAAAACCAUGGCCUGGGAAAAUUGCACCACAUGCUUGGAUAUUUCCAACUUCCUGUUUGUUUGUAUCUUUGUUUAGACUUAGGAAAUUAAAAACAUCCUUCUAAGAUAUCACCAGCUGAAUGCAAAGAUGUAGCUGUUAAAUAGACACAGAAAAUUACAAGCAUUGUUCUGGAAAACCACCAGUAAUGGCAAAAUAUAAUGGAUGCAGCUUUCAAAAUGACAGGAAGAAUUAUGAAUAAAGGAAGUUUCUUUCUACAAAGAAGUCUUUUCCAUAUUCUCUGAUUAGGAAAGACUUUCCUGGAUUGUGAUCUUCAAUUUUGCUUCAUUUCUUUUAUCCCUCUUUAUUUUUUUGAAGUAGCUAAUUACCAAUAUUGUUAACCAGGUGGGUCAUAAACUGGGUAGACAUUCUCUCCACUCACCUAUUUUCUAACUUAAAGACAGCAUCAAGCAAGAGGAUGGAACUGAUUGAAUAUAUUUAUGACAGCCUUGUGGGGCAGAUCAGAUGAGCUAGUUCUACUUUAUUAUACAUAAACAGCAUCUUGCAAGUUUGAAAGUAUGUUUCUCCUUUUCCCAUCCUAUUUACAGCCCAAGAAACCAGGGAGGUUCCUUCCUGAGUUACUUGCCCAGCCCACAUUCCUCUUAACAUUGAGCUCUCAUACCUCACCCUCAAGGUUUUACAUUUAUUGAUUUAUGGAAGACUUAACAUAAAUUUUAGAAUGUUACACAAACAGAAAAACAGAUCAGUUUAUCUAUCCAAUUAACCUAAGGGGAAGUAGGUCUGACAGCAUUAUUAUACAGAUAGUCCUCAACUUAAACAGCUCAUUAAGUGACCAUUCGUAGUUACAACAAUGCUGAAAAAAGGGACUUACCAACCCUUUUUCACACAACAUUGCAGCAUCCCUGUAGUCACAGGAUCAGAAUUCAAAUGCUUGGCAACCGGUUCAUAUUUAGGGCGGUUACUGUGUCCCAAGGUCAUGUGAUACCCUUUUGCAACCUUCUGACAAGCAAAAUCAAUGGGGAAACCAGAUUCACUUAACAACCAUGUUACUAAAUUAAAAACUGCAACUGUUCACUUAAUUAUAGUAAAAAAAGGUCAUAAAAUGGGGCAAAACUCUCUUAAAUGUUUCUCUUAGCAACAUAAAUUUUGGACUCAAUUGUGGUCAAAAGUUGAGGACUAUCUGUACUCCAUUUGUAGUUAAGCAAUCUGCCACAUUUUAAUUUGGUCAUAUGAAGAUUUGGCUGGAAGGUUAACCAAUGCUUUUCACAAUCAAGAUGGUUCUAGAGAGGCAUCUCAAAAUAGGGUCUUUCCAGGUCCUUCUUUUCUGUAGUAAUAUAGAGCCUGAUCACAAUAGCAUGACUUUUUCAUUUUAUUAUUUGCUCCAGUGGAAAAAGAAUAAAGUUUCCUUUAUAAAAACUGGGAGGAAUAAUAACAUGACUGAUAAAUAAUUGAAUGAGACAUCCCCCAUUGUGUAUUGUUGAUGAAUGGAACAAUGAAUGAAUAUACAUUUAAAUGGAUUUUCCUGGGUCAACAAAGUUUCCUCGUAUUUCUGGACGUGCUCAUUCAGCAUUACUAUUUAAAAUGUAAUUGAGAGACUGGGACAUGGUUUGUUUUAGUUCCCAUUAGAUCUUUGUUCCCAUGAAAAUAUUACUAUAUGGGGUUCAUGUUUUUCAGGAUAUGCUGAUUGAAUUUGGAGCUAAAUUUAGAGAGAACUCAGUACUGAUGACCAUAUCAGGAGUCAUUUGACUGUUAUGGAUAUUGGGCAGCUCUAGAUUAGGCUACUGGUUUUCCUCCUUUGGUACCAAAAAUACCCAUCUGCAAACCUCAUGCCAUAGAUUUCUUAAUGGGAGUAAAGCUUUAGCAUUUCUCCUUUGCAGCUGAUCACGGAUAAUUAAGAAAGCUAGAACGCUGAGCUUUUGAGAUUCCUUUGUACUACUACUAUUAUGUAGAAAAACAUUUUCCCUUUUGUCCUCACUAAUAAAACUGUAGCUCCAUUUGGGUCUUGUACUUACAUUUAAUUAUAAAUCUGUCCAUUUCAAGCUCACUUCAUUCUCAACAAAUUACUUCUAGACUUAUAGAGUUACAUUCAAAGAGCCCAGAAAUUUAUUCAUUUGCUUGUCUUUCAAUUUCUUUGCAAAACAAUCCAACAUAACUUAUUUUACAGAUUUAUAGAGAAUGGUCUCCUGUGAACCUUUAUCAAUCAGCCUUCAGUUAUUCAAUAUGUAGAGGUCAUUAUAGUAAAAUGUUAGGGCUUAUUUUUCAAAAGAGUAUUUUCUAACACGUCAGACCACAAGGACAACAGUUAUGAUGACACUACUGUGUGCUGUUAACCUAAAACUGAGGAUUUCACAUUUUGAUAUUUAAUCAUAACCAUUAAUCAUCAAUCACCUAGCCGUUUUAGUGGUUUCCACUGCUGUCUAACAUGGCAUAGUCAAUAACAGAGUUCGUUAGGUUCACCCAAAUCUGAACCAAAGUUAUUGCCUUGAAGGAUUCCCUCAGUACUGAGGGCUGCCACCAACUGACCUUAGAAAUCACACUAUCAAGAUCAAGUACACCCAAUAUUUAUGCACAACUUUAUUGUAACUUUCUAUCCAUAAAUCUUCGUAGUAUUGAAUCUUAGAACCGGCAAUGCCAUUAUCAUGACAAUCAUAAACAACGAAGAGAAUAUAAUCCUGCCUUUUUUUACUGAAAUGGAGUCUUGACACAUGUAGUAACUUUAGUAUAGCAUCAGUACAAAUGUUUAAAUUGCAGACUCCUCAAUUGUUGGAGAUAGUUUCCCUGCAAUACAUUUCUUGUAUAAACAAAAGGUUAAGAUUCUUUUACAAGUUCCACAUAUCUAAUCCAGUGUAGUUCAGCAUAGUACUGUAACCCAUGUUGAUAAAUAUAAAGUUUUACACCUGCUUCACCAUACAUAGCUGGGAAUAAAGUAAUUCUGAUGUAGACUCCUUUGUUCAAGGCUUCUAUUGUCAUAUAUGUUAAUUUCAACUGAAAACUGAUUUUUGUAAGCCUCAAUCACUUGAUCUUUUCCACAAUAUUCCAAAAAUAAAGUGGCUUCUUCUUUCAUAUCAUA